CCGGGAAGAAGGGGCGGGGGCGAGGAGCGGCCCGGGAGGGUGUAGCUUUGUCUCCGCCAGUCCAGGCGCAGGGAAGACGCAAACUCGGGCCGGGAGCGCAGCGGGUCCAGCUCAGCCCGGGCAGCAGGCGGCCCCCAGUCCCCGCGCAGGAGUCUAUUGCCUUUCACCACCACUUUGGCUAUCUGAAUCAUUAUAUGGAAAGAGCUUUUUUUGAGGACUUGGAGACAGGACUCCCAGUUCUAUUUCUACCUUUGCCACCCAUUCAUCACUGAGCCUGCUUAUUUCUUUCAGCUUCGAAUAUAGACAAGACUCCUGAAAGACUCAAGCAGGAAGAGCAGCUUCUGUUUAUGUACCUCAAGCCCCAGUAAUGGGCAACAAUAAACAGAAUAAGAACAUAACACUUAAGUGGCAUUGACGCACAUUUACAAAUGAAGGAAGAGCGGUUCCUGAGAAACUCCAUAUAAGAACACUUAUUCUGGAAUAAGGGGGUCUUGUUCCUGUUCAACUUAACCCACAAAUUUUGUUUUAGACACAAUGUCUGCUCCAGCAUCCCAUCUGCCAGCUCCCAGUGGCUACCCAAUCCCAUCAGCACCCCCUACAUAUGAAGAGACAACAGGAAUAAACACUUACCCUCCUUACCCUGCCCCGGAAUCUGGGUAUGGACCGAACAUGAAGAGUAUGAAUCCUCCUCCGUAUCCUUCACAACCUGUUCCAGCUUCUAAUCCAAUUACAGUUCAGACUGUGUACGUGCAGCAGCCAGUAACAUUUUAUGAUCGCCCAGUUCAGAUGUGCUGCCCCUCCUGUAACAAGAUGAUAGUGACACGUCUCUCGCACACUUCAGGAGCACUGACCUGGCUGUCAUGUGGCAGCCUCUGCCUGCUGGGGUGCGUAGCUGGUUGCUGUUUCAUUCCCUUCUGUAUUGAUGCCCUCCAGGAUGUGGAUCACUAUUGUCCAAGCUGCCAAGCCCUCCUUGGUACCUACAAGCGUUUGUAGGCGAUAUCAAAUAUUGAGUGAAGAUGGAUGUCCAAAAUCGUUCAGCACCUUUUCAAGCUUUUUCUGAACUUCAUGAAGAUCUCUGUGCAUUGUCAUUGCGAAUGGAUCAAGAUUUAUCUCACUGUUGUUUUAAUAGUAAGAAUCUGCUUAGGGGGACUCAGGAUUGGUAAGGGGAUCUAUAGUCUGUCACUUCACAGGCCACUUAGUCAAGCUGGUAGUGACCAAAUGUUGUCCCUCUAUGGUUUAUGCAAAAUAGCUGAUGGUGUGGGUCCGGUUAAUAUUAGAAAGCUCCCCGUGUGGAUUGGCACCUGUGUCACAGAGACCAAGGUCUGAACUUGCACGCAGGCAAACUUACCUUCUUACGCCUAGAAGUGAUGCCUCUGGAAAAGUAUUGAAGGAGGUUGGCAGGGGACUGCCUGUGAUGGUCCUAUUCUGUGGCUAAAAAGGACUUCUGGUCUCCAGUGUAGUCAGUCUGAUACCUUUUACAUGCACUAAAAUUCACUUUAAAUUUGUUUUUAAAUAUUGCCUUUAAAAGAAACAGAACCAAAAAUAGCCUGAAGUUUGGCUUUUCCCUUAGGCUGCUUUACCAAAUCCAGCCCACUCAGGCUACCAUGUUGGAUGGCUUCUCAACAUGGUCUCCCAGUUUCCUUGCUGUUUGUGAGUUCAGUCAGACCUUUAACACUGCACAGAGUGGUUUUUUUGUGCAGGAUUUUUUUAUAAAUAUAUGUAUGUGUAUUUUUUUUUUUUUUUUUUUUUUUUUUUUUUUACUGCUGAGUUCUAAAUCUGUGAAAAUAGCUUUCUAAUGGAAAUGCUGAUAGAGCCAUGGCUCUAUCAGUGUUGUCUUUCCUAUAAUAUAAUUACAUGAGCCAAAUGGUAAAUCCUUAAAAAAACAAAAAAAC